CAACGAGCACCGCUUAGGCAUUGUUUUCUAUAUAGAAUGUGAUUUGAAUGCGCCUAGCAGGCAGCCGUCUCUGUUUUUGCUCUGAAUUUUACCUUGUUUUACCACUGAUAAUCUGAGUGUAUGCUGUUUUAUUGUUGAUCAACUGUCAUCUUAUGUACUUGUGACACUGCAUGACAUUUUUGAGAGCUGCCGUGACGUAAUCAAAAUGGCGAUAGGUCGCCAUCACAUCGUCCUACUAGGAAGGUUCUUUGAUGCCUUUUUCCGGAAAGGAAUUCUCAAGAGUUUCGGUGUCCUAGUCCCAGCUUUGACUGUGUACCUGGGCACCAAUUACACAACCAUCGGGCUUAUCCUCUCACUCAAUGCUGCAUUUACACAACUAGCAUGUAUGCUGAUGAAUCCAUUGAUGAAGCGGUUAGGUACAAGACGUGUGGCUGCCACUGGCGGGCUUAUGUCAGGGAUUUGUAUCCUAACUACGGCUUUUACUCAAUCAGUCUAUUUGACAGGAUUUCUCUUCGUAUCCGCAGGGUUCUUUUCUGCAGCUUCUAACCUCGGCACGACAACGACCCUUCAGCAGCAUUUCGGAAGAAGGUUUGGCGCCAUGAAUUCCCUUGCUCUUAUCGGAAUAUCAGCAGGUUCUACCCUCUUACCUCUCUUAACAGCCGUACUGUACAGGUACUACGGACUCAGCGGGACCCUUCUUAUACUUGGUGGACUACUUCUGAACGAGUUCCCCAUCGGUGCUGUGCUAGUGCCUCCAAGGAAACGGAUCAUACGUGUGGGAACUGCUUUGGACGAAGGAAAUUGUGAUGUUAAAGAUAGCGUUCAGGUUGUUAUAGCGGGAAAUCUCCGAGGCAGUGAGUGUGGUCCUGUUGCAAAUAGCGCUAGUGAACAGUUUACUGAAUGUAAUACACAAAACGAAGCUUCGCUAGAUCAGGAACAGUCAUCUGCUAGUGCCAACUCCUGUAGAGACUGUAUGAAAGUAGUCAAAGACACAUUUGACUUCCGGAUAUUCCGGGAAGAGAAAUAUUUUACAUUCUUCAUGCUACCAAUACUAAUUCUUUCAUCUUUAGCCAACUAUGGCUGGGUCCUCUUUGUGACGUCCUACGCAAUUACAGUUGGCAUCGAAUCAUCCAAGGCUGCCUACCUUGCUGCCGUGGGCGCCGCCGGUGGCAUAGCUUCCUGUGCUCUGCAAGCCAUUGUCUUUCACAGGCGCCCUCAAUGGAGCCCGCAUGUAAUGGCUACGCUAUGUUUUACUGGCGCAUUGACGUUGAUAAUACAGACCUUACAAUCUGACCUACCUUACCUGUUAGUGUGUUCCUUCAUCAUUGGUGCUAGUCUCUACGGUGUAUCAACCGCCGUAGAUGCCGUCGUAGCUGUCAUUGUCGCACCGCAUAAUUUCCAAGGUGCGAUCGCCUUCACCUUUGCCCUGGAAGGAAUCGGAACAUUAAUCGCUGGGCCAUUCUCGGGAUUCCUCUUCGACUUCACCGGGAGUUUCGAGACCGUGUUUCUUGUUAUUGGAGGCAUGGCCAGUCUCGCACACGUAUUUGGCGUCAUACUCAUCCUAACGCGGAGAUACAAUAGACGGCAUUACAAAGUGGUAGAAAUGGUGGAAGACCCUCUCUAAGUCCAAGUCUCAGGUGGCGCCCUUUAUCAGUCAGACUCAGUGUCAUUGAUUAGGAUAGUUUGGCCAACCCGGUUCGAAAACAAACAAAAAAUACGACAUGUUGUGAUCCAGUGAAGCCAAGUUGGCCAAACUCUGUGUAUAGAUGGCUCUGGUCAGACUCAGCUUCGGACUACCGUCUUACAAGCGAAAAGUUUGAAAACAGCGAAUACCGCGCAGUGAAUAUAAAGCCUUCAUCGUUCAAUAUGUACAAAGGUGUGUACGGCAGGCAUAGGGAAAGUCAACCUGUUAUAUAUUCAUUUAAAUAUAUACACAAAUACAAUAAAGGUGAUGCUCCGUAGACGAAGAAAUUGGAGCAUCAUUAUUUCUUGUAUUUCUGUGUAUUUUCUCGAACUCCGAGCUGAAAUCUAGAGUUUAUUCUUUGUGUAUAACUAUAUAUUUGAAUAAUAAUGCUCAAUCAUCCUCAGAAUCCUUGAAUGAUUAGUCUUAACUUUCAAAUGAAAAAAAAAUGAAAUAAAUGUAUCAACAUAAUUUUAUAUACAUAUAUGUAUAUUAACAGCAGUUGACUUUUCCAAUGCUCUUCGUAAACACUGCCUCGCAAUUAAUUAAACGUAAGGCCUCUUUACUCACUGUGUGACCAGUGUUAUUGAUUAGACACAUUGACUGUGUACCAUAGGUCUCUCUGUGUGUGAUACUCGCUUUAUUCGAAGAAUAGGCCUAUUCUUGGUUUCCCGAUUUGCCUUUGCCUUUAUAUAUGUGAUCACAAUUAUAUUGUAAGCUCCGCAGUCUAAUAUUAACGUAAUGGACCGACACAUUUUAAAUUCUAAAUUUCUCGAUUGGUGUUUAUUUCAACAUGGCCGCAGGUCGAGAUUGAAAUAAAAUGGCAGGAGGGAAAUUAUGAACUUGCAUUCAAAACUAUAAUUCAAUGACGACGUGCAUUCAAUAUGUGUGACAUGAAAUUGAGGGCAUUUUUUAUCCAGUAUGCCAUAUCAUAACUGACUUAAAACAUAUCUGUUCCGAUCUUACCAAUCUUAAAUUAUAAAGGAAUCAUGUAUAUUUUGUAAUUGAUUUGAAAAUUGUAAGUGAUAAACGGUGAAAGCCUAAUGUUUGUAUUUAUAUCCUCUACUCUCACCCUCUCUCUCUCUCUGUCUCUGUCUCUGUCUCUCUCUCUCUCCCUCUGUCUCUCUCGUAUCUAAGAUUUGAAUAAUAUUGUUAUUAUCAUCUUUAAUAUUCCUUAGUCCCUUUAUCGUAAGUCAUCCCUCUCUCGAUUUAUGGACGUAUAUAUAUUAUGUUCAUUCUCUAUUAGCGAUUCUCUUCAAAUGGUGCAAUGGCUCUGCAAGUAAGUUUUAUCGAAUGGGCCUACAUACAAAUUAUACCUCAUUUAAACUUGUUUGAUAACUGCUCGGGAGCUAUGAUUUAUGAAUAUAUGCCUAUUUUACUCCAAAGCAUCUUAUUCUAAAUGUGUUGUACGUCAGUAUUAUAGUCGUUUCCUAAUGUGCGUGAAAUACAUUUAUGAGCCAGGUAUUAUAAUGGUUUAAGCCAAAUAGUUAUCAUUUACUCCCUCCAUGAGGGAUUCAUUAGAUAAUCAUAUUACCUCCACCCUGGCAUCAGGUUAAUGUCAUUAAAAACAGACGAAAGACA